AUGGAUACUCCUGGCUCUGGUACUAGUUCACCAGGCCUUAUGAGCACUGGGCCUUUGCUUCCGCCGCCAAUGCUCGGGGGAUUGCCGCCUCCCAUGCCGCCGGCGGUAGCGAUGCCGCCAGUUCCCGGUAUGCCGCCGAAUAUGCCACUGCCUCCGCCGAUGGGUUUUCCACCUAUGAUGGCACCAUUUUCGAUGCCUCCACCAGGAUUUCCCCCUUUUAAACCAGAGUUGAGUGCACCAGCACCGGAAUUAUCGCCCAUGGCCAAUCAGACUUCCCCAUGGACUGAACACAAAGCACCAGAUGGCCGUACUUACUAUUAUAAUUCAAUAACAAAACAGAGUCUUUGGGAGAAACCAGAUGAUUUGAAAACUCCCGCUGAAAAACUUUUGUCAUCAUGUGUAUGGAAAGAAUAUACCACAGAUGCUGGUAGAGUCUAUUAUCAUAAUAUUGAAACAAAGGAAUCUAGUUGGGUCAUCCCAAAGGAACUUCAAGAGAUUAAAGACAAAAUUGCCGCUGAAGAAGCAGCACAUGCAAUAAUGAAUGCAGAGGUGCCGCCAGGUGAAGUACCCCUGCCAAUGUCUCCGGCUAUUAACAGCACAUCAGCUUUGGAUGAAGCUAUGGCUAAAACACUAGCAUCUAUAGACCCCGGCCUUACAACAUCUAUACCUAUCCCUGAGGAAAUAAAACCUGAGGAAAUAGCUGCACCGCCACAACCAAAUGGGGCUGAGGCUGAACCAACUCCUGAAACACUGUACAAAGAUAAGAAGGAAGCUAUUGAAGCUUUCAAGGAGCUGCUCAAAGAAAGGAAUGUACCUUCCAAUGCUACUUGGGAGCAAUGUGUCAAGAUUAUUUCAAAAGAUCCAAGAUAUGUUACCUUCAAGAAAUUAAAUGAAAAGAAACAAGCAUUCAAUGCUUAUAAGACACAGAAACUUAAAGACGAGAGGGAGGAACAAAGAUUAAAAACAAAAAAGAAUCGGGAGAAUUUGGAGGAGUUCUUAUUGAGUUGUGAUCGUGUGACGUCACUCACAAAGUAUUAUAAGUGCGAGGAAAUGUUUAAUAAUCUAGAGAUUUGGCGAUGUGUUCCUGAUUCCGAUAGAAGAGAUAUUUAUGAAGACUGCAUCUUCACGAUAGCCAAACGUGAGAAAGAAGAGGCGAAGGCCUUAAAGAAACGGAAUAUGAAAAUUUUAGCUCAAGUUUUAGAAAACAUGAAUGAAAUAAGUUAUAACAGUACUUGGAGUGAAGCUCAAGUGUUAUUACUCGAGAAUGCUGCUUUUAAAAACGACGUUAGUCUACUGGGUAUGGACAAAGAAGACGCUUUAAUAGUAUUCGAGCAACACAUAAGAAAUAUGGAAGCUGAAUACUUACAAGAAAGAGAACAAGUUAAGAAGAGAAAUAAACGACAGCAGAGGAAGAACAGAGAUAACUUUCUGGCAUUAUUGGACAGUCUUCACGAAGAAGGGAAGUUAACGUCAAUGUCUCUUUGGGUGGAGCUGUACCCAGUCAUAUCAGCUGAUACAAGAUUUUCUGCUAUGCUGGGACAAAAUGGUUCAACACCACUGGAUCUAUUCAAGUUCUAUGUAGAGAACCUCAAGGCGAGGUUCCACGAUGAGAAGAAGAUCAUCAAGGAGAUCUUGAAGGAGAAGGAGUUUGAAGUGAAGCCGACCACCACCUUUGAGGAGUUCGCUACCGUAGUGUGUGAGGACAGCAAGUCAGCGUCGCUGGACGCCGGGAACGUUAAACUUACUUACAACUCCUUACUUGAAAAGGCUGAAGCGAAGAACAAAGAGAAAUUGAAGGAAGAAUCCAAGGCUCAGAAGAAAAUUGAGAGCGCUUUCAAGUGGGUCUUGAGCGAGGCUCGACUGGACCCGGCACUAUCAUGGAGUGAGGCGAAGGAAAAGAUAGAUUUAAACGCUCCGGAGAUAGUCGCUGUACAAGAUGAGAACGAACGAGAGAGAAUAUACAUGGACUAUCAACACGAGCAAGAGGAGAGUUGUAUGCAUUACCAUCAUCCAAAGCCGAGGAAAUCGAAGAAAUCCAAGAAGAAGAAGCAACGGUCAAGAUCACCGUCUAUAGUGAGCUUAAAGCCAUCUCGUUCCCGUUCCGUUUCCGAGACUCGUUUGUCCUCCGGGACCGCCUCGCCUUCGGACGAGGAGCGUAAGAAUAAGAAGACGAAGAAGAAACAUCGCAAGCAUUCACCGCCGAAAUCUCCUACGCCCGAGGAGGGAGGUAUCACAGACGAGGAACCUGCGAAGCACAGGAGUAAGAAAACAAAGAGAAGCGCCCCGAGCUCACCCGACCAGCCUGAACCACCGCACAGACCUAAGAAGAAGAAAGAAAAACGGGACAAGAAGGACAGGUCGGCGGCGUGUCCCGGCACGGCGGUGGCGGGAGGCGCGGCGGUGACGUCAUCGGGCGCCGGCGCCGUGUGGAGCGACGCCGAGCUGGAGUCCCGGCGCGCCGCCCUCCUCGCGCAGCUGCACGAGCACGAGGCCGACUGA